AUGGCCGAACCUACGCACUGGCAGAUCAGUAUAAAUCUAUCUCGGACUGGAGCAAACCGCCAAAUGGUCGACGGAGAUGUGGAGGAAGGAUGCUGCCGUCGUGGUCUUUUCCGCAGCACAAACCCGCCUACUCAGCCCUUCGAAAGCAACACUGCGACCCUGGAGUACAACUCUAUUGAUAGCCUCGGAGGGCCUCAGCAGUUCAACAGAACCAUCGGAAGUCGCAACGAAGUUUCAUUGACGUUCAACGAUGGUACCGCGAUCAAGGGACCUCUUGAUAUUCCGGUCAGACCCACUUCUCAAGUUGGUGGUAUGGGAUCUUGA